ACUGACUUUGUUUUAAGAACUUAAGGUUAAGAGUUUAGUUAAAGUGGCAACAUGCUUUUUAUUAACAGCUGUUUCUAUUACUGUUCACAAUUGACUACUUUUCAUUUUGACGUUCAAGGAAGAUGGAAAACAAAUUCCUUUGACAUUCUCAAAUUGACGUUUGAUUUUUUUCGAAAGCGGUGUAAAACACGUGUGAACAAUAAGCUUUAUUUCAAUUGUUUUAUUAAAAAUUUAAUACCAAAAUGUAUCUAAUGUAUACUUUAAACGAAAAGGGAGAACGCGUUUACACACUGAAGAAACGAACUGAAGAUGGACAUCCAACAAUCUCUGCUCACCCAGCACGUUUUUCGCCGGAAGAUAAAUACUCACGUCAUCGUUUGACUAUCAAAAAACGUUUCAAGUUGCUGAUCACACAACAACCAGAACCCGUCUACUAAUUUUAACGGCUAUAUGAUGUCUGUACCUCGAUAAGCUAGAUUUUUAGUAAAUAGAAUUGAAAUAUGCAUAAAUAUUUUUUUAAUAAUUAAGGCUUAAAUAUGAGUAAAUAAACACUUUACAUUAACUAAGAAAUAACA